AAUACUUGUAGAAUAGUUAUUACUUGUUAAACGUUAAAUUAAAUAGCUAGAUGUAGUAGCUGUCUCGCAAACUUAAAAAAGAAUAAUUAAAGACUAGUUCUCAAACCGGAAUCGAAACACAUGGUUUUGGUACCAAUAGUGCUCUAGAACCACGUGAUUUCUAAUAAUUAAUCUUUUCAGGGAUUUAAGAUCUAGAUAAAGCCAAGAUAGGCCCUCAUUCCGUGAGAUAAGAUCUAUUAGGGUUCAUCGGUCAAAAGAGGGAAAAUUAUGGCUAAGAAUAUCGCUCAGAGGCCGCUGAUCUUCCAAGACGAGAACUUUGAUGUCUCUUGCAAAAAACCCCUGGGUGGCGAAAUAUCUUUGAGUUCUAAACAAUCAGUGGUCAAGAAAGGCGGUGCAGGGCGAAAGAGCCGUGGUGCCCUUUUUGACAUCACAAACAAGUCUGCUGUGCAACCAAAGGCAUCGCAGAAGAAAAGUGUCUCACAUAAGAAGAAACUUGUCUUUAAGGAGGAUGAAGUUAACAUUGAGGAGGAGACAAUUCUGCAUGACCACAAGAAGUGCAUUGAGGCACAAGAAGCCAUAACGACUCUGGAUCUUUUUGACAUAGCUUUUCCUAAACUUGAUUCCAUUGAAAUUUCAGACAUGAAACCAGAAGAGAGCAUUCACUGCGGCUACCCAGAACCAGAAGAGCUUCCCACUGCAGAGGAUUCUAAAUGGCUUCAAUCUUGUUUGACAUGGAAAUCUCCUCCAUCUUCUCCAACAAGCUGUGGUUCUCCGCUAUCUCCUAUAUGGGAAUUUGAGCCAGUUGAGUUUAAAAUGAAAGAAGAAAUUGAUUUGUGUGUUUGAUAUGCAAUUCGGCAUCAGUACAUCACCAUAAUAUGGGACAAUUGAGGAAUGGAACCUGAGGAAACUUAUCUUAAAAACAGCCUCUCUACAUUUCUUGUUGUUGUUAGUUUGUAUGGAGCCAGAGGAAACUUGUGUAU